AUGGGUAAAAAACCUUUCAUUGACAAGAAAUCAGCCAAGCAUUUUCAUGUUGUUCAUCGUUCUCAGAAGGAUCCUUUGAUCAAUGACUCUGAGGCUCCUGAUCGUGUGCUUCAGGAAGUGCUGCCUAUUAAUCAAAUGAAGCAUAAAUCUCAAGAAGAGAUUGAAAGAGUGAAAGCCAAACCUCAAAAAUUGACCCAGGAUGAGAUUGAUCAACGUAUUGGCCAAGCAGCACAAUAUGGUAUCUUUUUUGACGAUGGAGAGUACGAUUACACUCAGCACUUGAAGCCUAUCGGCGGCACUGAUUCCGUCUUUUUGGAGGCUCCCACCAAGAAGGAAAAGCCAAAAACCUUGAACGACAGUAUGUUCAAGGAUGAUGAUGUGCACAGAGAUCAAAAGAACCCCAACUUGUUUCAAUUACCCACUAAUGUGCUGCCCUCCAACAUUGAAAUGAGCGUCGGUGUCAUGAAUCAAUCCACAGGUCUUGAUGGCGGCCUUCAGCCUGACAUGGAUCCUCGAUUGCGUGAAGUACUUGAGGCUCUGUCCGAUGAAGAAUACGUUGAAAAUGAUUUGGAUGAUGACUUUUUCGAGGCGCUCAAUGCUGAUGGUGAGCCUUAUGAUCCAGCCGAAGAUGAAGAAUAUUACGACUCUGAGGAAGAAUACGAGGACUAUGAAGUUGAAGGCGAGGAAGGGGAAGAGAUCAAUGAAGAGAACUACGACUGGCAAGCAGCAUUCAACAAAUUCAAGUUGAGUCAAAAACGCAGAACAGCAGGUUCUGAUGAUGGAUCUGACGAUUUUGACCGCCAAACCAAGCAAACUGGAUUCUCAGUCUCAUCUUCAGCCAUGCAUCGUAACACGCAACUGCGCUUAUUAGAUGAUCGAUUCGAAAAAAUCGAAGAAGAGUACGCAGACGACGACGAUGAAAGCGAAUACGACAGCAACGCAGAAGAUCUCGAAGAGCGCGCUGAUUUCGAUGCCAUUCUGGAUGAAUUCUUGGAAAAGUAUGAGAUUGUGGGCAAAAAGAUGCAACCCAAGUUAGAAGGCGAGACCUCUGCUGCCAAAUUAGACAGCAUGCGUCAAGGCCUGAUCAAGCCCAGUGUCGUUGAGGAGGAAAAGAAGGAGAUGGAGCGCACAACAAGACAAAAGCUGACUCAAUCUGCAUUGGAGCCCAAGCUGGAGAGACCUGUGCAAAGACAAAGGGAAACCUGGGAUGUUCAAAGUGUCAUUUCCACCUAUUCUAAUCUCGAAAACCACCCCUCACUUAUCAACGACAAAGGACCAUCAAAAAGAAUCCGCAUUGAUCCCAAGACUGGCAUGCCUGUGUUGGUAGAGGUGGAGCGUAAACAGAAGAAGAAGCAGCAACAAGUAGAGAGCGACGCUGAAGAGGAGGGAGAAGAAGAGGAUGACGAAGAAGAUCAGGUACCCUUAGAGAAUAAGGGUGAACCCAGAUCAAAGGCCGAGACAAAAGAAGAAAAGAGAGCACGAAAACAAGCCAUUAAAGAGGCAAAAAAGAAUCGUCGAGAAGAGAAGAAAUCCACCAAAUCCGCAUUCAAAACUGAAGAGAAUCGCCAAAAGAAGAUUCUUCAACAAAAGCGUCAAGCAAAGGGCGCUACCCAUAUUCCUUGA